AUGGAACAACGUCUUAGAUACCUGAUAUUAUUGGUUGUUUUGGUGGUAAUAGUAAAUAUAUUAGUGACUCUAAAGACAUUCCGAAGUAAUAACCAAUAUUCACCGCUCAAUCUCUUCCACAAAUAUCAACAGCUUCACUCACAACUAUGGAAUAUCACAUUAUCAAAACAGAAAUUAGAAUUCCCAAAUAAAAAGAACAACUCUAGAAAAAAUUUAAGUUUUAAAACAGACAAUUCUGGAAACCCGCUUAUCCAUAAUUAUGGUAAAAAUAACUUGAGUUUGAAAGGUGAGAACGGAAGUGGGGUAAUUUUAAAACCAAACGAGGAAGAAAAAGCGAAAAUUAUGAGUAAAGGAUACAACGUCAAUGUAUAUAUAAGUGAUCUUAUACCGUUAAACCGGAUGGUGCCUGAUUCAAGACCUGUCGGAUGCAAAAAUCAAAUGUUUGAUGAAAGUCACAUGCCACAAGCUGCCGUCAUUAUUACAGUGUACAACGAGUGGCCUACUAUUCUCCUAAGAACCAUUUACAGCAUUAUAAAUAGAACACCGCGUAACUUACUCAAGGAAAUCAUUAUAGUUGACGACAAUAGUGAUUUGGAAUUUUACAAGGAAGACUUGGAUAUUUACAUCAAAGAACAUUUUGAUACAGAUCUUGUGAAGUUAAUUCGAUUAAAAGAGCGCGGUGGCUUGAUAAAAACUCGCGUGGAAGCAAUCAAAUAUGUUACGGCUGAAGUAGUAUGUAUUUUAGAAAGUCACAUGGAAGUAAAUAUAAACUGGUUGCAGCCUUUACUUGUCGAGAUAAUGAAAAACCGUUCGACAUUAGCUAUGGGUCAACUAGAUUAUAUCGAUAGAAACACGUUUAAAUAUGAAUUUGAUCGGGACUACAAACCUCGUUAUGGCUUCAACUGGAAUUUCGUAUUCUAUGAGACUUAUUUUCGACCGGAUCAAAUGUUAAAUAAGAAGGUAACAGACACUUUACCUGGUCCUGUAAUAGUCGGAGCAGGAUUCGCAAUGGAUGUGAAGUUCUUCAGAAAGAUCGGCCUCUAUGACUCAAAGAUGACAAUUUGGGGAGGAGAAAAUUUGGAACUUUCAUGGCGAGUGUGGUGUUGUGGCGGUCAGGUCCUUCAUGUAUUUUGCUCGCACUUUGGUCAUAUUGCACGAAGUCAACCUUACAGUUUCCCUCGUGACAGGUUACACACAGAGGCUUAUAACUACAAACGGGCCGUAGAGGUGUGGUUCGGGCCUUACAAGAAAUACGUUUACAAUUACUUUCCUUUGAUGAUGGAUAUAGAUGUCGGUGAUUUAAGUGAUCGUCUGAGAAUAAAGAACGAAUUGAAAUGCAAAAAUUUCGAUUGGUAUCUGGAUAAUAUAUGGCCUGAUUUGUUCCGCUUUGACGUUAAUGUUACAGCUAGUGGUGAGCUGAAAUCUGAUAUUAGAAACUUUAGAAUCUCUAAAAAGAAGUUCGUAUUUUCUGAUAAAACUAACAACCUGUAUGAAGCUAUUAAUGCUCUAUAUGAUACGUUGCUAAAUGACAUCAUUUUCACUAAAUAUAAGAAAGCUAACAUUGGCAGAUACAAUAUUAACGAUGAGGCUAAAAUCCUCAUUAAGCGUAGUAAAAUAGAUUUGAAUGCUUAG